CUGCUGCUCCGGGGACUAGCUCACGCCCCGGCCGGGCUCCCGCCGUGGGGGGAGGGGGCGCCAACGGCUCCUGCGCUCCCGGCGAGCGGACGGACGAUGACUUGCUACCGAGGCUUCCUGCUGUGCAGCUGCCGUUGCGUGGCGGGGGGCCGGGCGGCCGCAACAGCGCGGCGGUGCCCCUUGGGGGGGGUUCCGGCGGAGAGCGCGGGCCCGCGGCUCGGCGGCGUCGGAGGCGGGGGCCGGCGGCACCUGGGGCACGGGCGGCACAGCCAAGCCUGCGAGCUGGAGGGCGGCGGCGGCGGGGGCUGCCCUGCAGGCGGGUUCCGCCCGGCCCGGGUCGUGGUCGUGGCCAAGACCACCCGCUACGAGUUCGAGCAGCAGCGGUACCGCUACGCGGAGCUCUCGGAGGAGGACCUGAAGCAGCUGCUUGCACUAAAAGGAUCCAGCUACAAUGGAUUACUUGAGCGGCAUCAUAUUCAUACCAAGAAUGUGGAACAUAUUCUGGAUAGUUUACGGAAUGAGGGAAUUGAAGUUCGUUUAGUGAAGAGGAGAGAAUAUGAUGAAGAGACUGUUCGAUGGGCAGAUGCUGUUAUAGCUGCAGGAGGUGAUGGCACAAUGCUACUGGCAGCCAGUAAGGUCUUGGACAGGUUUAAACCAGUUAUUGGAGUAAACACUGAUCCAGAACGGUCUGAGGGUCAUUUAUGUCUGCCUGUGCGAUAUACACACUCCUUUCCAGAGGCGCUACAGAAGCUUUAUCGUGGUGAGUUCAGGUGGCUAUGGAGACAGCGAAUCAGGUUAUACCUUGAAGGAACUGGAAUAAACCCAAUUCCUGUAGAUCUCCAUGAACAGCAGCUGAGUUUGGAUCAGCACAGCAAGGCUCUCAACAGCACAAGAAUUCAUGAUCAGAGAUCUGAGGUUUCUGGGCCACAACUUUUGCCAGUGAGAGCACUAAAUGAAGUCUUCAUUGGGGAGAGUCUGUCAUCCAGAAUGUCUCAUUCUUGGGCUGUCGCUGUGGACAGUGUAAGAAGAGGUAUAACCACUCUAAAGGGACUGGUGAACUAUAAAUCCUGCAAACCCAGUUUUACAUUUUCAAUUCAUAGGGCUUCCUACUAUGAAAUCUCAGUUGAUGAUGGUCCCUGGGAAAAACAGAAGAGUUCAGGACUCAAUUUGUGUACUGGGACAGGAUCAAAAGCCUGGUCGUAUAAUAUUAACAGGGUCGCAACACAAGCUGUAGAAGAUGUUUUAAAGAUUGCUAAACAGCAAGCAAAUUUGGAUCUUCCAUUGAAUAAGGAAUUAGUUGAGAAAGUAACGAAUAAGUAUAAUGAAUCUUUAUUGUAUAAUCCAGAAGAGCCAAAGAUGCUUUUCAGCAUUCGAGAACCUAUAGCAAAUCGCAUAUUCUCAAGUAGUCGUCAGCGCUGUUUCUCUUCAAAGGUUUGUGUUCGUUCUCGUUGUUGGGAUGCCUGUAUGGUUAUAGAUGGAGGAACUUCUUUUGAGUUUAAUGAUGGAGCAAUAGCUUCAAUAAUGAUCAAUAGAGAUGAUGCACUUCGAACUGUGCUUCUAGAGCAAUGAAGGACUUACUCACUGGACAGUAAAUUUUGAUCACCCCAAGAAAACUAUUUUAAUUGCAGAGACAAGACUUCAUGUCAUAGCACUGCAUUUAAAAAAAAUUGUUGAUGACUGUUCCUUACAAUUUGGAUACACAGCCAACUCUGAAAUUUGGGAGAUCUUGAGAAAACCUCUGUGGUUGAGAAAGCUUGAGAAAAAGUAUUGCCUAAGAAAAUAGAUGGACUAAAACUACAUGGAGAUCUUAGAAUUGGUGCCAGCUGUAUAACGUACAGAUGUUUUUAAGUGAUAAAACCUUUAAAUUUAAAGAGGUAGGUUCAAAUAAAAGAUUAAAUAUAUAGGGUGUGAUUUAACUAUAAUAGGGUCCCUUUACCUCUUCCCUCAUGCCCACUCCCUCCAGUAGUAUUUGAGGAUUGUUCAAACCAAACAUACUUAUCACUCAUGAAUAUUUUUUUUACAGAGAAACAACUUGAAUGUUAAGAUUUAUUGUUCUGAUGAUUAUAGAUAAUUUUUAUAAAUCCUGACAUUGACCUGUUUGAAAUAGGUAAAUGUUUUUUAUAUGUACUUUUAAGAAUUUUAUAAUUUCAGAACAUGGUGAUGAUAAAUGCCUUAUUUUUUUCAUCUUCGUGAUUUUAAGGCCAAUGUGAAAUUUAAGCCUUUUUCCUUUUCUGCCCCACAUUUCCUCUCAUCUUUAAAAAACUUACAAGAACCCUUUCAUUUACAUCUUGAUUCAGGUUAUGCUGUUCACUUGUGGUUGAAAUGCAUUUAUCUGGAGAAAAUCAUGCUGCUAUUAUAAACUUUCUAACUACUCAAAAAUUAUCUUGAUACUGAAUCAAAGACUUUUAAAUAUGUGAUCAUUAGAGUAGGUAAUCUCUAAGGUUCCUUCCAGUUCUACAAUUCCAUGAUGAUGUGAUAAUAAAAUGAAGUUAUAUCUGCAUAAUCUGAAUUCACCUUAACCUUAAGAGAAACCAUUUACUGUUUGAAUCUACUGGUUGAGUACAGUAUCUGAAAGAAAGUCAACAUAAAAAUCAAUGAAAUAUUUGUAUUCAUUCUUUUUUGAAUGCCUUGGUUAUAGUUUUAUUAUUUUCUUGAGUUUUCAUCUAAUUUACUGCAAGCUUUACAUAGCUUCAUUGAUGGUGUAGGUUUUGACUGCUUUUUUUCUUACAUUAUAAAUUAGAUGAAAAUUUGUGAAUAAAAAUGCAAGAAAAUCUCUUUAGUUUCCAUUUCAUUAGCAAAUUGCCUUGUAAUUUUCUCCCAGUACUUCCACUACUGCUUAUACAAACACUGUAUUCAUGUGAAAAGUUUCGUUGAAAACUUUUUUUAUAGCGAUAAGAAGUAAAAUAAUUUGUGAAUGAUAAGAACAAUAAUUACAUACAUAAGUGAACUAAAAUGUUUUGCCAUGCAAUAUAAUGAAUUUAUCAUGUUACUUUUUCUCACCAAGUUACAAACUAUAUGUAUGAGUCUUCAGAGGGAGUCUAGGUUCUGCACUAUGUAACAGAAUGAGAAUAAUGAAAUUAAGAUAGCAUGUCUGUAUUUGAUGGAUAAUGUCAAUUUUGUUUUAAUACUGUUUUUCAUCUAAGAAAAACACUAUUUUAGAUCUGAUUUAAGAAUGAGUUCAAGUCUUUAGUUUCUGUUGAUUGUGUUAGUUAAAUUAGUGGUUCUACCAUGUAAACAUUUCUUCACUCUGAAAUAUCUUGGUGAUGAAAUAAUGUAUACAACUUUUAAAAUAAUUAAAUUUAUUACUAUUUUUGUCAUCUGUUGAACAGGAAUGUAAAAUUUAAAUUCAUAUUACUUUAAUCAUGCAUUCCAUGUGCCAAUAUAUAAGGGUAUCAUGUUAGUGAUCUUAGGAAUAUGGCUCUUUUCUUCCAUCAGUGCAGGCACCCUAUAUAAUGGUAAUUUUUGUUCAAAGUGCUACAUAUUAAUAUUGGGUUCCUUCUGCUGAUUUUACAAUAAUUAACGAAUACAACAACUGAAAGAACAGAAAAAGUGAGCCCCAUAUAUAUGUAUGCAUGCAUACAUAUAUGUGCAUAUGUAGGUGUAUAUGUAUUUGUGUACAUACAUAUAUAAAUAUAGAUAUAUAGAACUAGGGCUCUGUAAAGUGAGAGGACUUUUUUAACGAAGGCAAGGCAAAACAGCUUUUAAAAAUACAUCUUCAUAAACAGGUAACUGGCUAAAAGAUCAAAUGGAUAUUUUUACUGACACUAAUAAAAGGGCAUUAGGAAGAAUGAUGAACAUAUUCCUUGAAGAUCUUUUGGAAAUUUUAUCAUGGUUUAACAAAUGUUUAAGUUCUGACUCCAUACUUGAAAAGUGAAACUUAAAAAUGUUCAUGACAUACUUGCUUACAUAUUCAUUGAUAUUUUGAAAAGUAAUGACAUGAUCUCUGAAGUUGUCACUUUUUUCAUACCAUUAGAGUGUAAGCUCCUUAAGGGCGCAGUGAAUUAUGUCUUUUGCUUUUAAUAUGACACAGUGAAUAAUCACAUAUUGACUCAUUCUGCCAGUUCAGAAACUGUCAUGUUUUUGCCAAAUUGAAACUUGACAUCCUUUGCUUUUAUGGGGGGGGGGAAAGACUGUGGAGUGUUGGUAAUUGAGUGUGUAUUAAAUACAAAAUGAUACAGUAUUUGCCUAAGUAUUUUCAUAAUUUUUAUGUUUCAAAUAGAUUUCUCAUCACCAGUUUUUAACAUUGAUGGCUACAUUUGGAUAAAAUUAACCCAAGCAUUUUCAUUCUUGUUACUAGCCUCAUUUAUUUCAUAAAAUCUCUUAUCCAGAGCAUCUUGUUUGAAAAGUAGUUUCUUUGUAAAAAAAAUUAUUUUGAUUUUUCUGACACGUAGGCAGCCCAACUCUCAAAAUAUGUAUUAAACUCAUCAGCAUGUACUUUA